GACUGUGGACGUCAGUACCAGGUAGGUAGCCUGGGCAGAGAGCAGAGGAAGAAGUGGUAGCGACGCGCAUGCAGAGUGUGGCUGUGAAAGCCUCGACGUGGCACUUGGAGACCACGCAAAGCACGGGAGCUCUAAUUGAGCACAGCAGUUUGCAACGUUUCCACCAGGGGGGUAGAACUUCCUGAGUCCUGCGCGUGCGAUUAGCGAGGUGAGCAGAGUCGUGACCUACUGCGCGAUGGCUCCCUCCACCAUCACCCUGGCUAAGGCGACCCACACAGCGCCUGGCCUUGGCGCCCUCACCACCACCACUUCCCCUGCUGCUACCGCGGACAAGGAAAAUAAAGACUACUUGGCAGCUUUGAGAGUCAGCGGUAAAUGGGGCCUCAUUAUGGCAACAGUGAACUUGGUGUAUGGUUAUGUGAUGGUCGCUGCUUACCUCCCUCCUGACCCGCGCCAGGAAGGAUGGGUGCUGAUGCGCUCCCCUCUCCCCACCUACAUUCUCACUGUGUUCUACCUGGCGGUCGUUACAUGGCUCGGUCCAAAGUUUAUGGACGGGAGGAGCUCAGUCUCCGGCCUGCGCCCCAUCAUGGUGGUGUACAACGCCUUUCAAGUGUUGUAUUCUGUGUGGCUGGUUUAUAUGAGUGGAAUGGGUGGCUGGUUCGGGAGCUACAGCCUACGCUGCCAAGCUUGUGACUUCUCCAAUAACCCUAAGGCCAUGACGAUGUUACACGGCAGCUACUGGUACUACGUCUCAAAAUUUGUCGACUUUUUUGAUACCGUGUUCUUCGUGCUGAACAAGAAGUACGAACACAUCUCUGUGCUGCACGUGGUCCACCAUUCCCUCAUGCCGGUUAGCAUGUGGUACGGGGUUCGCUAUCAGCCAGGAGGCAACAGUACUCUCAUGGGUUUCCUCAACUCUAUCGUGCACGUUGUGAUGUACACCUACUACCUGCUGGCGGCCAUGGGUCCUCGCGUGCGGCCUUACUUAUGGUGGAAGAAGUACCUCACCACCCUACAGUUGGUGCAGUUCAGUGCAGUGAUGAUCCAUAUAAUUCAGCUGGCGUUCAUUGACUGCCCACAAGUUCCGGCCAGAGUCUCCCUGUGGGUGUUUGGGAACGCCACCAUGUUUCUCUUCCUAUUCUCGAACUUCUACAAAAAAUCCUACAUAGAAAAAAAGACAAGAAAGCAGCGAAUGGUCACCUCUGUCGCGACCAGUGACAGCCAGAACAGUGUUAGCGCCCUGAAUGAAACGUGCAGCGGUCCCGACGGUAUGACUCGCCUGCGUGUGACCGGCGGCGUGGCUCCCAAGACAAUAGAAGUAGAAGUCUUGGAGGCCUCAAUAACAAGCCACCUGAGAGCUCUUUAGCUGGCAACCCUUCAUAAUUCUGUGAUUGUGUGUGUGUGUGUGUGUGUGUGUGUGUGUGUGUGUGUGUGUGAGAGAGAGAGAGAGAGAGAGAGAGACGGCAUUAACUGUGUUCAGCUCAGAGCAUGACGAGCUAUUAGAGAGUGAGAGAUGCUGUGCGUCAUUCUUUAAUCAAUUACAAUUUACAUUUACAAAAUUACAAUGUAUUAUUAUAUUCCAACGCAAAUAUCUUCCAGUCAAACAAGGACCACCACUCAAUACUCAAAAUGACGUAACAUCCACUUUUAUAUUUGAAGUGAACAAGGGAGAAUAUGUGUGUAAUGCUGUAUACUUUGCCUAGUCUCUGUAAGGCAAAACAUUUAUGGUUAGUGUCAAAUCAACUGUACCACGGCGAUGCACAGGUGAUGGUGUUACUUUGCACGGUACACCUAGGCUACAUGUGAUGGCAUAUCCUAAACAACAAAAGGUCAACGACUCAAUGGAAGACGCUGUAAGUCAAUCUGAAACACCCUUGCACAAACCUUCAAAACGAUCAUUUACGACAAAAUGGAGAAGAAAAGAAAGAAAAAAGAAUUCUCUAGACAGUCCUGAACUAUGACACCAUCAUCAGCAUCAAUCGAGAUUUGAUUUCAUAGGAAAGUGUAUGGUGUUAAUAAUGCUAUGGGAAAGCUGACGCAGAUUCUGCGAUGCCUUAGUGCAACUCGAGCUGCAGAUGAUUACUUUUGUGUGACAGUCUCUCAAGGAACUCCAAGACAUGCCCUCGAUAGCCACCACUGCCACUUCCUGAUCACAAAUCUACACACAAGGACAAAAAGCAUUCCAAAGAAAUACUAAGAAUACCACGGACCUCAUAAAAUGUCAUCAGAAAAAAACGGGAAACAUUAGAAGGUAAUUUUUGCAGACAUCACUCAACACACAAGGACAACACCCUCAAGACAAUAUUAGACGGUCAAUAGAAUAAAGAUUAAUAAAUAAGACAUAGGAUUCUUUGUGAAUCUCGUAUUAAAACAAGAGUAAUUACUGAUUUUUCCAAAAGCAAGAAAAUUUACAUUACUUGUUAAUAGAAAAAAAUAAAAUAGCAAAUGAGUAAUUUAAAAAUAUUGGUUAAUUGUAUUUCGUACUGUUAUCGUUAUUACACCUAAGCCAAGAAGAUAGUGUGUGGCGAUUGGGCAAUAUUUUUGGUAAGUAAACACUCAUAAAAUGCAACUUUUUUACAUUUUAUUAGCCUUUUUGGCUUAGGCAAGUUGUCAGUUGUUUGUGAAAAUAUGCCAGUACUAACAGUGAUGAAAGGUUUGAAAUCAUAUGUACGCAUGUAACAAGUUAGAAUUAAAAUCAUUGCUGUC